AUGAACGAUGGAGUACGGGCCACAUGGACAAUUGAUGUACUCUGGAAGACAGUUUUAACCCUAAGCAUACCACAAAAUCUCAUCAACUUGAUGAAUCAAGCUUGCAAAACCACAUACCAUGCUCGACUUCGAACGGGGAAUACUUCUAUAUUACAAAAAAAUGUUACGGUCUCAACACGGUCACAUACCUCGUAUACAGGGCGAAAUUCUCUUCGAAAUGUACCAGUAGUUAAUUACGCGGCUUUUGAGCAAGGUGAUGACUUCGAGCUUCCUUCUGAGCCUUCAGGAAAGGAAGAAGAAGAGGAAAAUUUCAAGGUAGAUGAAGAAGGUUUCCCAAUUGAACGUCCUAAAGGAAAAAGAAUUGUUCCGAAAUUUGCAACAAAAACAAGACAUACAUACUUCACAGAUGAACAACUACGCUUUGCUGCUGAAGAAAGGGAUGUCUAUGUUCCAAUACGACUAGAUAUUGAAUUGACAAAUGACUUUCGGUUGAGGGAUACGUUUUUGUGGAACAUGAAUGAACAGGUGAUGACACCGGAUACGUUUGCUCAAAUUCUAUGUAUGGAUUUAGACAUUCCAGCAAAUUCAUUUGGACCUCAAAUUAGUUCAAGCAUUCGGACGCAGAUUGAAGAAUAUGCACCCGUAGCUGAAGUACCUAUGCCUCAAGGGCAGGAAAUGCUGGUCGUGUUUAAUAUUCAACUACAGCUGUCGCAGCAUGCAUACAAUGAUCAGGUUGAAUGGAAUUUAACAAGUAAUUUGACACCAGAGGACUUUAGCACCCAAACUUGUAGUGACCUUGGACUGGCAGGUGAGUUCCGGCCCGAAAUGGCACAUGCAAUCCAUGAAAAUUUACUUAAGUUGAAAAAAGAUGCAUGUGAAGGAGAUUUACCGGAUUAUGAUAACGAUUCCGUGCCUGGAGCGAUGGCUGGACCUCGUCAGGACAUGGCUACAAUGGGAGCCUUAUGGCAACCUACGUUGGAAACAGUAAGUUUGGAAGAAGCAAAACGAAAUGAAACCAACAAAGAAAAUAUGAUUCGACAAUGGAGAAGAGAUGCUUCGAAGUUUGGCGGAAAUGCGGCAGAUGUUUCAGCGGAGCGUUGGAGAGCAGCAGCUACUGGAAGUAUGGUUGCUCAGACGGCUACGACAAAUCUUCCUAGCGCCUCUGUUUCUGAUGCGCAGACUCUGUUGGACCAAGAGCGACCACGUUGGCGAUGUAGAUGGUGCAAUGUUUUGGGAACAGGAACUUUUUGCGUGCGUCGUGGCCCGGAAGGAAACAAGUCGCUGUGUAAUGCCUGUGGUGUUGCUUAUGCUCGUACAGGACAGUUACCAUACUGGAGAAAAGGAUUGUAUACAUAGAGUUUCUAUAAGGUAGAUCGCUAUUUCUGCUGCUAUAUCUCCUCCUUCUCCUCUUAUUACUACUACUGCUACUGCUACUGCUACUGCUAGUCUGGUAUAAGUAGAUCUUCCAAAAAAGAAUUUAAUAGAUAAAAAAGUAGAAGGAUUAUAGGCAAAAGAAAAGAAGCGAAAGGUGGAUAACUUAAUAUGUGAUCACCUGUUUUACUGGAUGUGGAUCCAUGACGAAUAACUUUUGUUAAUUAAUUAUUGGUGGAAUGAAUGAAUGAACUAUUAGAGCUGCUGUAUGUGGAAAAGUAUAUGAGAUGAGAUUAUAUACGUUAUUGAAUAUUUCUUGAGUG